AAUUAAAAAGGGACAGACUUACAGACGAGGUUUUUUCGUUUUACGUUCGUUCUCCGUCCAUUGUACUCGGUGUCAAAAAGUUUUCGAGUUUUGUUGGGAGUUCCAAAAGAUACUUUUAGGUGGAAUUACUCUGGUAUCACCAUGGGGAAAAGAAUGCAGACUACAGCGACCAUGAGGUUGGUGCAGCUUCUGUUGACGUUCUUUACGCUGGUUUUUAUGAUUAUGGGAUUAACAAUGCUUGUGAUUGGUCUGUGGGGCGUGAUUGAGUUAAAAAUGUACUUGGCGUUAUCAACAUCGGAUUAUUCGCAAGUUCCCUAUGUCCUUAUUGGUACUGGUGUGUUCAUGUUUGCGUCCGGCAUCAUUGGUUUGUGCGCCACCUGGAGGAAUUAUGCCUGGUUGCUUCAAGUGUUUGGAGUUUUAACUUUUAUGGUAUUUGUAUCAUUACUAUCAGCUGGAAUUUGUGGGUUUUUGUACCGCUCCCCACUUCAGGAGAGCUUUCGUAAUGGACUUGAAUCUGCAAUUGAUGACUACACAGACAGAACAGAGCAAGAUCACUACCUUGAUAAACUACAGUCAAGGUUGGAAUGUUGUGGCACAGAUAAUUAUACUGAUUGGUUUGAAGAUGGAACAAACUGGUCAGAUUCCCAUGGCAACUCAACUUUACCGUGGAGCUGCUGUAAUGAGGACGUUCAUCGUGAACUUUGUGAGAAACGCGCGAAAGACCAUAAACCUAUCAGAGUAGAUGCUGCCAAUAAGACUAUGUAUGCCGAAGGUUGUUAUUCUAAAGUGAAUAAAUUUCUAGCAAGUAACUUUGCAGUGAUUGGUGGCAGUGCUCUAGGAUUCGCUUUCUUCCAGGGCUUUGGUGUUUUUCUGACUUGCUGUUUGGCUCGCAUGAUCAACAUGAACAAAUAUGAGAUGGUUUGAGAAGCGUCCUCCCAUCCUGUAAUUUCAUUACAGGAAUGGCAAAGAUUUUAUGUAUGAAAUAUACUUUAUGUAUAAUAAAUAAUGUUUGUACUUCAAAAUUUCACUUUGUUGGCCUAAUCACUUAAAACAAACCUAAGAAAUGAGUACUUUGCGAUGAAACUGAAAAAAUUUUUUUCACUCAAUUGAAAAGUGUUUAAUACUAUAUUAUCACAAAGAAUUAAACAUUGUGUAUAUACCUUACAUAGACACAAGAUAAAACUAUUUAAAGAUAAUAAAAUAUUAUUAUAUUAAUAGAUAGAUUGUAGCUUCUAGUAUUUGUCUUGUGAAUGUUUUUUAAUUAAUUAGUAAUACUGUAUUGUAUUUUAAGCUGUCUGUCAAUAGAGGGCGCUAAACUUGGCUGAUGAACAACAGUAAAAUAUGUAAAAUUCAGUUUUCUGGACCUUUUUCUGUACAAUUUGUAGGCAUAGAUAUUUGUAGUGCAUUUGACCUUGUGACCCUGUAAAUAGAUAUACUGCACUGUGUACAGCUUUGGUAAUACUUCAAUCAUUUUCCGUACUGUACAGCAAUUGCACUAUUCCCCUACCAGUUGCAUUCUGUCAAUCUUCCCCUUUCUAUUGUGUUCUUUAAAUAUAUUAUGCCAGAAAAAAUGCCAAAAUUUGCAUUCUAUGUCUUUUUGAUGUCUAAAGUUGUUGACAUACAAAUCUUUAAACAUUCUUUUAUAUUUGUGAUCAUAACUUAAGGGGUCACCAGCUUUUUAUUAUAAAUAAAUGUGUAACUACAUAAGUUAUAAUUUGAUCUUCAAUUAUGCUGUACUUAUACAAAUAUCGUAAAUGAUUUAAUUAAUUAAAAUAUUAGAAUGUUUCUUCUACAUAUUUGUUUAUAUUUUAAAAUUGAGAUGAUUUUCUUGAUCAAAACAUUCUUAAAGGCAACGGAAACGUGAACAACUUUCAGUUUGGUUGUUGAUCACAGAUUACCUGUAGGAUUGCAAAUCACAUCUUUUACUAUUAAAAAAGUACUAUAACUUUAAGGAGAUUUUAUGAAUAUGAACUUUGAAAAUGUAGUACUAUUUCACAUUUAAAUUAAUUAUAUGACUACAUAAGUUUUAAUUUAACCUUUAAUUAUGCUGUACUUACAAAUAUCGUAACUGAAUUAAUUAAAAUAUUAAAAUGCUUCUUCUUUAUAUUGGUUUUCUUUUUAAAAUUGAGAUGAUGAUUUCCUCGAUAAAAUAAAUUUGGAACGAACACAAAAAGGACAACUUUCAUUUUACUUGAUCACAGAUACCAGUAUAAUCACAUCUUUUUUUAUCAAGGGGUCGUUUAACAUUAUCACCAUUUUCACAAGUGUGCCAACAGUACAUGUGCACACUCUUACAUAUGCAUAAAAUGUUGAUUUAAAAUAACAUGCAAUACGUAGAGUAAUGGUAAAAUUAUGAUGUAAUCAUGGAUAUACAGUAAUAUUCAUUUUUAAGCAACCAAGUACAUUGCUUUAGUUGACGUCACAAAAAAAUGGAGAAUGGUUUUGCAAAAUUAACGUAUUUUUGUUCACUUUCAGAGGAGAGGGAGGGGGUACUGAAAGAGUACUGUUGUACACUUUUGAAAAUGUUGAUAAUUGUGAACAACCCCUAAAAGAACUGUAACUUUAAUGAUAUUUUAUGAAUAUGAAUUUCAAAACGUAGUACUAUUUCAUGUUUCAUUGAUAUUUGUUAGUUUUGUCAGUAAUUUAGACUGAAAGGAAAUGAGUUUGUAACUCCUUAUAAAUAAAUAAAUUUUUUUGAAGGUUGAAACGUAUCUAUGCUGAAAAAUUAACAUUUCAUUAAUUCAUUUAAUUACUAUUGCCGCAAUUCAGUGUUUCACUGCGAGUGUGAUUUUGAAAUAAAGAAAUGAAAAAAAAUAAA